CAAACCCGAAUCGUAUUCAUAAAUGAUAAAUUUGUAUAUUCGGUCGUGUCAGCGAAGUUCUGUGGCUGAGAAAAUAAAACCCUAGAGGAACUGCGAAAUCAGGAAGGGGGAAAAAGAAGAACAAGGAGGGAAGAUAAUAAGAUAGACAAGACCGGAUCGGAAUCGACCCACAUCCGCAUCUCCUCCUGGAGAGGUUUUCAUACAUUCUACUCCCGAAUCUUCUGAACGACCUUCAAGAGCCUUGCAGGGCCGUAACGCUGAAGGAUAUUGCAUGCGAGAAAUGGAUCCUGGUCGCUAUGGUCUGCAGCAAGGAUGGGAUAAUAACAGCGCUUUGGAGGGUUAUGGCGCGGUACAUGAUCCAAACUACCGGGUUGGGGUUUCCCAUGAUGAGAGGAGGUUUUUAGAUGAAAGAUAUUCUAGAGAAAAUGUUAACCAGAGAAGUGUCUUCCAUCAUGACAUUUUGGAUAGAGAGAGCUAUCCAUCACCACCUCUUGCUACUGGCAUUUGGCCACCAUCAAGGCGGAGAAGUUAUGAAGAAGAAUAUCCUCUUGACAAGGAAUCUAGGCGUCACGAGAAACUGUACAAUUCAUACCAUGAGAUGGAUACCUUUCGUGAUCAUGAGAUCAAUACCACUCAGAGAUUUGAGAAGUUUGGGGAUGGGUAUCACGGUGUUGACAACUUUCGGGAUCACACAACUGACAGGCUUGCAAGGUUUGGGGGACGUGACCGCGAUGAUUAUGCUUAUGAUGACUAUGAUUGUAGGUCCCGCUUGUCCCAUCAAAGUAGGGAGGAUAGCCAUGAGAGGGACUAUGAAUAUGGUCGACAUAGUUAUGAUUCCGAUUAUGACAGAGGUAGCAGGAGAGAUGGUAAUUGGAGGCGGCGUGAAUCCCAUGAUAAGAGAUGUAUGAGUCGGGAUAGAGAUCCAAGUCCACAUAGAAGGCAUGAGCGCUCCCGGUCUAGGGGUCGUGAUGACCGUCCUAGAUCGAGGUCCCCUCGAGGACGAAGCCAUGGUCAAACUCAUCGUGAGGACAGCUAUGAUGAUGAUCGACAUCAAAGGUCAGAUAGACGAAGGGAGCGUCCAGAGAAGCGUUAUCGUGAGCAAUAUUCUCCGGCCCCAUCUGCCACUGUUGUCGUGAAGGGCCUCUCACAGAAGACAACUGAGGAAGAUUUGUACCAGAUCCUUGCUGAAUGGGGACCACUUCGUCAUGUCCGUGUGAUCAAAGAGAGAAACUCUGGGAUCUCCCGUGGAUUCGCUUUUAUUGAUUUUCCUUCUUUGGAAGCAGCACGUGCAAUGAUGGACAAGAUCGGAGAUGAUGGUCUUGUUGUGGAUGGAAGGAAGCUUUUUUUUGAGUAUAGUAGUAAGCCAACUGGUGGGGUAGGUGGACCAUUUGAUCAAGACAAUGCUGUGAAAUCAGGACACUUUAACCAUAGAAGCAAUACAGUACCAUCUGAUUGGAUGUGCAACUUUUGUGGCUGUGUCAAUUUUGCUCGGCGAACGUCUUGCUUCCAGUGUAAUGAGCCUCGUACUGAUGAUGCUCUCCUGACGGAUGGUGCUUUAUCAAUUCCGGCACCCUUAGGGAAGAAAGGAUUGGAGGCAGGUCCUACUCAUGUUUUGGUUGUCCGAGGAUUGGAUGAAAAUGCUGAUGAAGAAAUGCUCCGUUAUGAAUUUUCCAAACAUUCUCCAAUUAAGGACCUUCGUCUUGUCAGAGACAAAUUUACUCAUGUAUCAAGGGGAUUUGCAUUUGUACAUUUUCAUUCGGUGGAGGAUGCGACCAAAGCUCUUGAAGCAACAAAUGGAACAACUCUUGAAAAAAAUGGGCAGAUCUUGAGGGUUGCAUAUGCAAAAAGCAUCCUUGCUCCAGGAUCAGGUUCAUCUGGACGUUCCCAGUCAAGUAGCCUCGCUGCUGCUGCAAUUGAGGCAGCAACAUUUUCUCAACAGUAUGAUGCUGUUGGAUGGGCACCAAAAGAAUAUAACCCAGAUGACAAACAAUCAACCAGCAGGCAGGAACAAAUUGGUGGGGAGCUUCCAGAUCAAAAUAAUGGUUUGGCUUCACAAUCUGGAUUUGUGUGGGAUGAGGCAUCUGGUUAUUACUAUGAUGCUGCUUCUGGAUUUUACUAUGAUGGAAAUUCAGGGCUCUAUUAUGAUGGUAACAGUGGAAUUUGGUAUACAUAUGACCAACAAACUCAUCAGUACAUCCCUUGUGCUGAUCAGAACGACAACAAAAUUUCUGGUAACCAAUCUGAGCCCCCCAAGGCAUCAUAUGGAUCCAGUAAUAGAAAAGUGAUCAUCUCUGCACCAGCUACAACAUCAGUUGAGAAGACUGCCUCAUUGCCAGAUGCAGUACAGGCUGCAGCAACAGCAGCAAUAGCUGCAGAGAAGAAAGAGAAGGAGAAACUAAAAGAGAUUAAACUCGCUUCAAGGAGCAGCCUUCUGGCUAAUAAAAAGAAAAUGAAUAAUGUAUUGUCUAUCUGGAAGCAGAGGAGUCAUGAAGGGCAAGCACCUCGUGCAGCUCUUGAUGAUAAUCAACUAUCUGGGUCAGCUGAUGACAGACCCUUUUCUGUUGGACAAUCUACAAAGAGCAAGUUUAAAACCGAUGUACUGUCUACAAAAGAUAAUUCUAUGCCCAGUUCAGGAACUACCACCACCACCUCAAUGGCUCAGGCUGUUGGUUUGGAGUCUCCAGUGAAGCCUAGACCUGUGAGUAACAGCUUAGGGGGGACUGUGAUGGGGGUUAUUAGGGGUUCUGGAAGAGCUACAGUGAGAUCCGAAACGUUGUAUUCUGGAUCAUCUGCCGGAGUUUCCACUUCAACUGUCCCUGCAAAUGUUGCUGGUUUACCUUCAUCAACAAAUGUGGAUGUAUCUACGGGUCUUACCCCAUUUAAAACGGAUGCAUCUGCAUUGGGUACCUACACGUCACCUGCGGCUGCUGGGGGUGGCAAGAGGAGGUUUUCUGAAAUGCCAUUUAAUGCAGCUUCCGCGUAUAAGGAGCAACCUCAAACGACCUACAGGGAUCGUGCAGCUGAGCGAAGGACUCUGUAUGGUUCAUCUUCUGUUGGAGAGGAUCUGCCUGACCUGGGAUUUAGCGAUUCAAACCGAGAUUUUUCAUCAAGGAAGGGCUCUAUGGAUUCAAUGCCUUUCCCCCCUGGUGUUGGUGGAGGACGUGUAUUCGGAGAUGGUAAUGUUAACAGUUACGAGGUUAUUACUCCAGACAAAGCAAUUGAUGAAAGCAAUGUGGGUAACCGGAUGCUCCGCAACAUGGGCUGGCAUGAAGGCUUGGGAUUAGGGAAGGACGGGAGUGGAAUGGUAGAGCCAGUCCAGGCACAAGCCGUAGAACGUAGAGCAGGACUUGGGAGCCAGCAGAAGAAGCUUGAUCCUAGCCUUGAGGUGCAGGCUGGGGAUAGUUACAAAACCUUAAUACAUAAGAAGGCGCUUGCCAGGUUUCGGGACAUGUCGUAGCUGGAUAUGCCGCAAUUGAAGCUGCUUAUGGAUUGCAGGGAGCCGACACAAAAACCAUGCGAAAGGGAGUCGGUGGCAGAGCUUUCAAAUUGGUUAGAAAUUGUGGUGUGCAUGGUGGGGAUAGGCGUUUUGGUCAUGCAGUAGUGGUUAAAGGUGUCGUCCGACUCAUUUUUAUCUUGUACAAACUCGCUUUCCAGCGGUUGCGAAAUUCUAAAAUAUAUUUCAAAGCUCUGAAAUUUUAUUCUU